GAUUUUUGUCUUUUUUUUCCUUCUUUCUCUGCUGGUUCGCGCGCUCGAGCUCCUCCGUCAACGAGUGUGUUCCCGCUAAGGAUUGAUUAGGGUUAGGGUUAGGGUUAGGGUUUUCGGUCGAUUGGGUGUGAAUGGAGGGGAAGAGGAAGUACUCUGAAGGAAUCCCCGAUUGCCCCAAAAGAAUCAGGCUGCUGCGGUCAUGGCUACCUUCCAUCAUAGAAGAAGAAGAAGGACUUAGAAUGAAUGCAGACUCUCAAGAAGCAGUUUCUGGGAAGACUGAAACAAUUCUUGCUGCCCCAUCAAAUGAAGAUAAAGAACUUGUUCUGUAUGAAGCAGUAGAGGAGCCGCUACUUCAGCCUUCAACAAAUUUAUCAAAUAUCUCUCUGAUAGUCAGCCCUGAACUGAUAGCCAGUCUCAAAAGUCGACCGUUUUGGCCCCAAAAUCCAUACCCAACGGUUGUGUCAGGAGUGCAAAUUGGUAAUACAUCAUAUAGUGAUAAAACAUGUGGAGCCAUCAUUCCUUGGAUGCCAUCAAAUGCUCUUGCCAUCAAACCUCCUAUAACUAUGAGUGAGGAGAGCAGCAAGGUGCAGUUACCUGGGUCUAUUGUCAGCCCUGAAUCAAGGGGUGAGGCAUUGGAAGACCCGAUGGAGACUGAAGAAGGGGAAGAUGCAACAAUGGAAGUCGAAGAAGAUAGAGAGCAAUUGGCUUCUCUUGACUUAGAUGGCAAAGGUUUGCAGCAGCAAUGGCAGCAACAACAAUGUAUGCCACCUCAGCUCCAACAAACCACAUUACCUGCCAUCUUGUGGUCACAUCAAUGACAAUGCUGCUGCGCAGUCCUUACAGUUUAGUGUGGUUUUUAUAGAAAUUGUAUAAAAACUAACAAUUGCAAGCUUAGUCCUUUUCAUAAAUGUUUCAGUGCAAGCGGUUUUUCCAGGAUAAGGACAUGGUAGGCUACUGAUGUUUGUAAAUUCAAGAUUUACGGCAAAACUUUUAGCUAGUAAUGUUUUGGCU